ACGAACAAUUGGAAGACAUCUUGGAUUUGUUGCCGUCGGUUCCAACAGCAAAUUAGGAAUUUUGAAUUUCGCUCUCCUCUCUUCGUUAGGGGCUGUUCGCCCUCCAAAUAAGGCAAUAUGGAGGACUCAUAUGGCUAUUAUGAUAAUUCGACAUCCAUGCUGAACCCGAGCUACCUUCAGAUGGCCCACAACAACAGCGGUGGCAGUGGCGGCAGCGGAGGCGGCAAGGACAGGAAACGGGAACACGAUCACGAAGAUGAAUAUCCCGAGGAGACCCGCGAAGAGAGGCGUGCACGUCGAAAGAAGUCGCGGUGGGGCGGUGGCGAGUACGAGAAGACUUUCAUCCCCGGCAUGCCCACGAUACUGCCGAGCAACCUGAGCAAAAACCAGGAAAAGGCGUACCUGCUGCAACUGCAGAUCGAGGAUAUCAGCAGGAAACUUCGCACGGGCGAUUUGGGCAUUUCGUCCAAUCCGGAAGAAAGGUCUCCCUCGCCAGAGCCCAUCUACAGCAGCGACGGCAAGCGACUCAACACCAGAGAGUACCGCACCCGCAAGAACCUCGAGGAAGAGCGGCACAAAUUGAUCCACCAGCUGCAGUCGGUCAACCCGGAGUACAAGCCACCGGUUGACUACAAGCCACCAGUGGUGAGGGUGAGCGACAAGGUGAUGAUCCCCCAAGAAGAACACCCAGAUAUAAACUUCGUCGGUCUUUUGAUCGGGCCCCGCGGCAACACCCUAAAAUCCAUGGAAAGGGAAACGGGUGCAAAAAUUAUUAUCAGAGGAAAGGGCUCAGUGAAGGAGGGAAAAGUGGGCCGAAAAGAUGGUCAACCCCUGCCAGGCGAGGACGAACCUCUGCACGCAUAUGUCACCGCGAACAAUCCGGAAUCGGUCAAAAAGGCUGUUGAUCAGAUAAAAGAGAUAAUCCGUCAAGGCGUUGAGGUUCCUGAAGGCCAAAACGACCUGCGCCGUAUGCAGCUGCGUGAACUGGCCCUCUUGAACGGUACCUUGAGGGAAAACGACGGACCUAGGUGCUCCAACUGUGGAGCUUCUACGCACAAAUCGUGGCAGUGUCCUGAUAAGCCGAACAUCACAAACAAUGUCGUGUGCACCACCUGCGGAGGGGCUGGACACAUCUCGCGCGAUUGCCGCGUCAAGAUGCAGUUUGACGAGGCAGGCAACCCCAUUGGGAUGGAGGACAGGAAUAAAAUUGACGAGGAGUACAUGUCGCUGAUGGCAGAAUUAGGUGAGGCACCGCCUCCUCCUCAAAAGAACGGGAACAGCCGAUUCGGGCAACGCGCUACAGCCGCCUCAUUAUUUGACACGCCGUCCGUUCCACGCGCCAUCACUGAGGGCGCCGGCGGCCCGCCGGGUGUGGGAGGCAUGCCGCCUCCGCCGAGCAUGACGCAGCCGCCGCCCUGGAGCCAGCCACCGGCAGUAGGUGCGGCCGGGGGCAAGCCGCCCCCGAGCCUGAUGUCGAUGCCCCCGCAGAUGCCGCCCAACAUGGCGCAGCCGCCGCCCCCGUGGCAGACGCCGCCGCCCAGCAUGAUGCAGCAGCCGCCGCCACCGCCUCCAGGCGCCUGGCAGCCGCCUCCGGGCCAGAUGCCGCCGCCGCCGUGGCAGCAGGGCCCCGGGCCAGUGCCGCCUCCACCGCCCCCGCCCGGACACGCAGCUGCCCCGGGCGUGCCGCCGCCGCCCGGCGUCUAUAACUGGCAGUCGGCUUACCCGCCGCCGCCGCCGCCCGGAGGCGGCCCCCCGGACUUUGCCGCCCUCGCCGGAAUUCUCUCGGCACCGCCGCCACCACCGCCAAGCUCGUAAAUUUCCUCUCCUCUCUUUCCUUCUGACUCACUCGACUCGCUUGAUCAUUCACUGGGGUGCCAUUUGUUUUGUACGCGUUCUCUGUUGCUUCGACACCAGUUUCAAUUGAAUCAAAGUAAAUACACGCAAACUGUCCUUAAACUGUUAGGAUUCUUGAGGGUAGGAACGAGUAGAUGCGGAUGUAGCGGUUCUUGAUAUUUUUCUUGGUAUGUUUUGUGUCGUGGCCAUUUGUCUCAACUGCAUUUUGUAUUUCUUGGAACCGGCCUUUCGACGUAUUACAAGUAAUGAAAUAAAUACAAAUAUAAUACUAUCCAUCCUGAAA